CGAACGUAGUCGUCCAUAGCAGUCAGAACGGGCAGCGCUGAGUGUGAAUUUUGUUGUUUUGUGACGGUUUGAGUUGCUAGAAUACAGAGUUGGACAACAUAAUAUAUAGAUUAAAUAUUGCAGUGUGCUGUAGAACAAUGCCUCCAAAGAAGGGAAAGAGCAAAAAAAUUGCGGACGAUUUUGAAGACAAGGAUGGUGGGAAUGACGUUGAAGUUAUAACCUCAAAACAAUCCAAGGCAGUACCCAAGAAGAAACAGAAAGGGAAAGGCAAAAAAGAUGAUUGGAGCGAUGAAGAUGAUAACUUCGAAGGCAAGCCGAAGUUUACGUCAAAAGAAUCAGAUGAUGAAAUUUCUGUUGCGAAACCAGUCAAGAAAGAGAAGAAGAAACCGAAAACCAAAAAGAAAGUUAACGAUGAUUCUGAUGAUGAAGCUACUCAGAUGGAAUCGGCAGAGAAGAUCAUUGUUGCCGAUAAAACUUCCAGAUCUUCGAAAUCAACUACAAAAAAGAAGCCUAAAGGCAAGGGGAAAAAGGAUGAUGACUGGAGUGAUGAUGAAGACAGAGAAGAUCUGAAAUUGAAAGAACACAGUGAAAGGUCAGAGGAUGAUAUUCCAGUCGUCAGGCAGUCAAAGAAGGAUAAGAAGAAAACAAAGGGCAGGAUGAAAGUUCAGAGUGAAGAAGAAUCUGAUGUAACAGAUGGUGAGGAAGAGGAAGACACUCCUGAUGGUAAACAAAUAGAGAAGGAGAAGACGAAAUCAAAAGAUAAAAGGAGGGAUGAAAAUGCGAAUGAACCAGAUCAUAAAGUACCAGAUGAGAAUGAAAGUGAUCUUGUUAACAGAAUAUCUAAAGUAGACCUUGGUGAGAAGGAAAUAAAGAAAGACACAGUCAUUGAAGUAAGUGAAAAGUACAGGAAUAAUAAAUCAAAAGUCAAGAAAAAUCAGCCUGCUGAAAAUAAUGAAGUUGGUGAGGAUUCUGACAAAGAGGAAGAUGAAGCUACUGCUGUUGCAGAUGACUCAACAGGUAGUAUCCAGAAGAAACUUACACAUAAAGAGAAGAAAAAAUUAAAGAAACAAAUGGAAUAUGAAAAACAGGUUGAGACAAUGACGAAGAAAGGCGGUCAGGGUCACAGUGAGCUUGGGGAAAACUUCACGGUAUCACAAAUGCAGAAGUCGGCAGGCCAGCUGCAAGCCCUUGAAAAUGCUGUAGAUAUCAAAGUGGAGAACUUCAGUAUAUCGGCAAAGGGCAAUGAACUGUUUGUCAAUGCAAGUCUACUUAUUGCUAAUGGACGUAGAUAUGGCCUUGUGGGACCAAAUGGUCAUGGCAAAACAACCCUUCUCCGUCACAUCGCAUCACGGGCAUUUGCAAUCCCUCCAAAUAUUGACAUCCUCUACUGUGAGCAGGAGGUGGUUGCAGAUGACACUCCUGCUGUAGAGGAAGUUCUGAAGGCUGAUGUGAAGCGAACAUCUCUCCUGCAGGAAUGCAAGAACCUUGAAGCCGAGCAGGAGAAAGGGAACAUGGAAGUUCAAGCUCGCUUGAAAGAGGUCUAUGAAGAACUGAAAGCAAUCAACGCAGAUUCCGCAGAGCCCCGAGCUCGACGUAUCUUGGCUGGUUUAGGAUUUUCGAGAGAGAUGCAGGAUCGUGCAACCAAAAACUUCUCCGGUGGCUGGCGAAUGAGAGUGUCUCUUGCUAAAGCUUUGUUCCUGGAACCAACGCUCCUUCUACUGGACGAACCUACCAACCAUCUUGAUCUUAAUGCAGUCAUCUGGCUAGAUAACUAUUUACAGGGGUGGAAAAAGACAUUACUAAUUGUAUCUCAUGACCAGAGCUUCCUUGAUAAUGUGUGCAAUGAGAUAAUUCAUGUGGAUCAGCAGAAAUUGCACUAUUACAAGGGGAACUACAGCAUGUUCAAGAAAAUGUAUGUACAGAAGAAGAAAGAAAUGAUAAAGGAUUAUGAAAAGCAGGAGAAAAGAAUAAAAGAGAUGAAAGCGCAUGGACAGUCCAAGAAGCAAGCUGAAAAGAAACAAAAGGAGGCUCUUACAAGGAAGCAAGAAAAGAACCGUAGUAGGGUUCAGAAGAAUGAGGAGGAUGAGGGCCCAACAGAGCUGCUUCAGAAGCCGCGCGAGUACAUCGUCAAGUUUUCAUUUCCUGAUCCUCCGCCACUGCAACCUCCAAUUCUGGGUCUGCACAACGUGACAUUUGCUUACCCUAGUCAGAAACCGUUGUUCGUGACCUGUGAUUUUGGCAUCGAUCUCAACUCAAGAGUGGCCAUUGUCGGACCAAAUGGUGUCGGAAAGUCAACGUUUCUUAAACUUCUGACAUCAGACUUGCAGCCUCAGCAUGGUGAUGUAAAGAGAAACUAUCGCUUGCGAAUUGGACGAUUUGACCAGCACUCCGGUGAACAUCUGACAGCUGAGGAGACACCAGCCGAAUACCUAAUGAGAUUAUUUGAUCUGCCAUAUGAGAAAGCCCGAAAGCAGCUUGGAACAUUUGGUUUAGUCAGUCAUGCUCAUACGAUAAAGAUGAAGGAUCUGUCAGGAGGGCAGAAAGCUAGGGUUGCACUAGCAGAGUUAUGUCUCAAUGCACCAGAUGUUAUUAUUUUGGAUGAACCUACAAAUAAUUUAGACAUUGAAUCAAUUGAUGCUCUUGCAGAUGCCAUCAACGAAUAUAAUGGAGGUGUAAUAAUAGUUUCCCAUGAUGAGCGGCUGAUACGAGAAACUGACUGCACACUCUGGGUAAUAGAAGAUCAGACAAUCAAUGAAGUUGAUGGAGAUUUUGACGAUUACAGGAAAGAACUGCUGGACAGUUUGGGAGAAGUUAUCAAUAGCCCAAGUAUAGCAGCGAAUGCAGCCGUCAAACAGUAGCUAGACAUAACUGCUCUUUUUCAACAGAACUGAUAAAUCACUUUACAAAACUGGAAAAACAUGGUUGGUAUUCAGUUUUUGCUGUUACUGAAGUCAGGAUUUACUCGAGCCUAGAUUACAGUACCCCAAGUAACACUGCAAGUAUAAAUACAGAAGAUUGUCUAAUAUGGAUUAAAUAAGCAGGAGUUUAUUACAGUAAGUGCAGCUUUAAAUAAUGUCAUAACAAACAUGAACUUCAAUACCUGAUAUAACAGAAGUUGUGAGAAAGAACACAUUGCCUCCUACUCUCUAAAAUGAUUCCAUCUUUGUAGACAAUCUGGCCAAACUAUAGAAUGAUCUGAUUACACCAUCCAGUGUGACUCAAAAGUAUAUUUAUAUACAUAUGAUGCCUUUAUAUGUUUCGGUCAUGACCAUCUUCAGGAGGCAAAUAACACUUGAGGAAACUAUUACAUAAGUCAUAGUACAUCAAGUUCAGAGUUGUCCAGAGUUUUAUAUAUAAAGAUUUUAAGUUAAGCUAAAAUGUGGUGAGUUAAAAUACUGUCACAUAUAGGGGGGUAUGCGUGAUGAAAUGAUGGGUUCUAGCUCAGAUGAUUGGAUUUAUUAACAACACAGAAUCUUAACCAACUGUAUAAAAAAAAACACUGCCCAGACAUCCAAGGGCAGCAGUCUACCCAAUCUCCCGUAGAUAGAAGGGGCAUGAAGAUGUGAACCUUAAGUGGUUUAAGAUUUUAAAUAUUAAGAAUUUUAUUAAUAUUUUAACUCACCCCAUUUUAGUUUAACUUAAAACCUUUAUAUAUAAAACUCUGGACACAUUUUAAAUUGAUGCACUAUGAUUUAUGUAAUAGUUUCCUCAAGAGUUAAUUGCCUUCUGAAGAUGACCAUGAAUUGACCAAAACAUGUAUAUAAAUAUACUUCUGAGUCAUACUGGACUCAAAUCAUUCUAUAGUACUGACUAGUGUGACAGACCAAGAAUGAAUAAAGUUAAAUCUGGCCAAACUUAAAAAAGAAAUUAAGAAUCACACAAUUUAUGGAACUUUCUACACAAAACUUUGAGAAGUAACCUCAAAUAUUUGUGCUUCAUACAGCAUUUCUGACAGCAUUGAUUCUUAUUAAAUUUAUGUUUUUUAAUACAAAUGUAUUAUGAAAUUAAAUAUUUACUUUAUAACUUGUUCGAAACAUAAUUUUAAUGUAAUAUAUAUCAUGUGAAAUAAAUACGAAGGUUGCGUUAGGACAAGAAGUAAAAUUUUAAUCCUGAUUGGUUGAUGUAGACUAAAGUCUUUUUCUUUUUUCUUUUUGCUGUUCUUAUUAAGAUUUCAUCAGAAUCAGACAAAGGAGUUACGCAUAUUUGCUUAUGGAAGGUCUAAAAAGUGUGGAGCUAUUUGGAGAAUUUCAGAGGUUAAUGUCAGUUGCAGGCUGAUUAAUUUCAUUGUAAGGGCCAAAUUAGUCUCAUUAGCUAUGUCCUGCCUUCCCUGUGGCCUGUCUUAUGAUUAUAAAAACUGAAAACCAUUGUUCUAUGGGAACAGUGGUGUUCAAACAUACAGUACAAUAAUACAAGGCUGCCAGGUACGACUACAAGUUAAACCUUUCCAAUCAAGUAGAAAAUGCGUUUUGCAUGCAAUUCAUAGCCAAUGAAGGCCGCGUGGCCUUGACUGCAUCAGGCUCAUGGGGGUAAGAAGAAACAGAAGAUAAACUGAUCACACUCCAUUCAGCUGUUGUGCAGCAGAGAAAGAAUAAAGUUAUACUACUUCAGAAGUGGUGAGCGCAGUUAUCAGCCAGGAUAUCAAAUACCCUGACUGAAAAUUUCUCUGCUUUUCCUCAGAGCCUCCAGAUGAAUGCCGGAAUAGUACCUAAAAACAGGUGUAAGGUUUAAGAGGUGUUGAUUUAUGAAAGGAGUGGUAAAGCAUUCUGGAACUGUCUCAGUUUGAUGUUCUGUGGGACAACGAAAUGAGAACGGCUGUGUGGAGAAAUCUGUAAAUUCUUUCAGUGCACAUAGGGACAUCAGAAUGCAAAAUCAUACCUAAAAGUGGAUGAUGACCUAACUGAAAAUAAAUCUCUUACAUUUUUUAUACCUGGAGAAAUAUUUUAGACCAGCACUGAAAAGGAAAUCUGUUAUUGUAAAUUUAAAAAUAAAUUAAUAACAUUCCAUAGCAGAACACUGGAUUUCUGUUCAGGCAGUUAAUAAAUGUCCCAGGAAAAAGUAUUUCCCUUUCAGCGGAUAGAUGUUAGAAGGUUAAACAUGUUCCAGACAGUUUGUCAUCCUUCACUUCUGAAGUGUCAUCCAUGUAAGCCAUAUAAAACUAACAUUUAGCAACCUCUAGUAGGACAUAUAUAUCACUGUGCAGGUUGGUAUGGUGCCAGUGCUGUAGACUUGUAUUUGGGAGGUGCUUGGUUCAAAUCUCAGCUGGGACAUUGCCCAGACUCAUUUUCCACAGGGUUGCCAAGUGAAUGCCAGGAUAAUACAGUGAUUAGGCCACAAUUCAUAUUCACUAGUCAUCCUGCUAUUCGACACUGUAAAGUGUGAGAUACUGACAAGCUCCUGCAGUAAAUCACAAAGACAUGCUUACUGCUGUAAUGAAACAAAAAAAAAAAAAA